AUGGACGUUAGUGCAUCGAACGAGCAAACAAACGAUGUAGAAGUUAUGAGGAAAAUGGAAGACGAGCAUUUGCAUCUUCAGAGACAAGUGGCAAGAUCAGGGACAAAUAAAAAGAGGGAAAAAAGAACGAAAAAAGAAGUGUUACAAGCAAUUUUGUUCCGUGAGAAGACAGAUACACAAUGUGAAGAUGGACUCAUUUUAAUGGAUCAGCUGGAUGAACUAUUACAAAGAAAUCACAAACAAACAUUGCAACUCAAGAAUCUCGUCAACGCUUCUAUGGGAAAAGUAAAAAUUAUUAGCAAAGUGGUUUCUUAG